AUGGGAAUAAAUAUAGCUGCAGUUAUAUUAUUAGCAAUAUUGUUGCUAGUAGCUACGUUCAGUAUCGGCUGCCUGCCAUUUUAUUAUAUUAACAUAAACUCGACUUACAGUAACACUCAGAAUGGCUUUCUGAAGGUUUUCUCUCAGUUUGGUGUUGGCAUGCUACUAGGGACUGCGUUUAUGUUAGUCAUUCCAGAAGGGAUCAAGGCAUGCACAGAAGAAGGUGGGAAUGUUGGUUUCGAUUUAUUAGCAGGCUUCAUUGGGGUGUAUUUGUUUGACCGUUUGGGACAUUCGAUAAUGAGUAAUACAAAUGCAUUUCUAAUUCAAAAUCCUGAAGAAAGCAAUGACCUCCCAACAAGUAGUGCUUUUAGAAGCAAUUUAAAUUACUCGAUAAAAGAAAUACUGACAAAGCCUAGAGUGGUAGUUGCCCGAGUAUUGAAAAAUAAUGUGAUAUUAGCGUUUGUGAUACAUGGUAUUUCAGAUGGUGUGGCUUUAGGCACAACAUCCAACAACCAGCGGUUAUUAAUUGUUGUAUUUAUUGCAAUUACUAUACACAAGAUACCGGCAGUGUUAUCACUUUCAGCACUAAUGUUAACGAAACAGGGAUUACCCAUGACUGAGUGUAUGACAAACCUUUUUGCCUUUAGUCUCUCAACACCAGUUGGUUAUAUUCUACUUUCACUAUUGAAUUUGAGGCAGUCUGCGACAAUGGAUUAUAUUAGUAGUAAUUUGCUGUUAAUGAGUGGAGGAAGUUUGCUUUAUGCAUCGUUCACAGCCUUCUCUGAAGAUGAUCACUUCAUCGAACAAACUAGUGAUCCUUCUACUUUUGUGAAUGAUGAAUAUAAUGCAGCAUCGAAUGAUACAGAAUCUAUUAGUGUAGAUGUCUUGGAACAAAAUUCUAAGACUUCUUAUUUCUUAAAAUAUGACGAAUCUUUGUACAUUCUGGUAGGAGCUUUCAUACCGACAUUAAUAUCAUUUAUGGUUAAAGAUGAUUGA